AUGGUGGACCCGGUGCCAGAAGAGGAGAAAGAGGGAGCGGAGCCUGGUGGGUCAGAAGGGGAUGGGGCCACAGCGUCCGUGCCCCCCGAUGCCCAGGGAGCCCAACAGCCUGCUGCCUCCUCGGCCUCAGCCUCCGCCGCAGCGCCCCGCAAGGCCGAAGUCCCCUGCGGGGCAGAAGGUGGGCGUCGGGAGCAGUCCCCGCUGCUGCACCUCGAUCUCUUCAACUUCGCCUGCCCCGAGGCCGAGGGCAGCCGCUACGUCCUGACCAGCCCCCGCUCGCUGGAGGCAUGUGCCCGCUGUGCGGUCAAGCCAGUGGAGCUGCUGCCCCGGGCCCUGGCUGACCUGGUGCGCGAGGCCCCGGGCCGCUCCAUGCGCGUGGCCACGGGCCUGUACGAGGCCUACGAGGCCGAGCGGCUCGCCAAGCUGCAGCAGUGCCGUGCCGAGCGCGAGCGCAUCAUGCGCGAGGAGAAGCGGCGCCUGUUCACACCCAAGGGCCCGGCUGCAGCCCCGGCCCCGGCCCCGGCCUCGGCGCUGAGCGCGGGCAGCAGCAGCAGCUGCAGCAGCGGCAGCAGCCUCCCGGCCUCGCCCGCAUCGCGGGUGACUCGAAGGACUUCACCCAGUCCCCCCGCCAGGACCCGACCCCCGCCCACCACUGCUCGGACAGGUAGGAAGAGCCACUCACUGGACUCGCUGUCCCGCCGGCGGGACGGUGCCCUCAGCUCCGAAUCCGGCGCCUCGUCCUCGGGGUCCUACAGCGGGGAAAGCCUGCGGGAGCUUCGCUGGCCACCUCGAGCUUCCGCCAGGCACAGCUACCCUGCGGGGUCCGCGUCGUCUGCACCCAACCCCCUGGGCCGCCCUUCGGCUCUCGAUCUGGCGCCACUCACGGCCCGCAGCUUCAGCCUCGGCGACCUGAGCCACUCGCCGCAGACCGCUCAGCACGUGGAGCGCAUCGUGCGCCAAGUGCGCGCCGAGCGAGGCCUGCGCGGGGUUCCCGAGCGCGACCGCAAGAUCGCCGCCCUCAUGCUGGCCCGACACCAGGAGGAGCGCCUGCUGCUGGAGCAGCGCGCCGCCGCCCACGGCCAGUGGGAGCAACAGCGCGUGCGCGCCGAGCAGCGGCGGGAGCGCGAGGAGCGCGAGAAGCAGCGCGCGCUGGAGCAGGGCCGGCGCGCCUGGGCGGCGCAGGUGGAGGAGCGCCGGGGCCGCCGGGGCCGGGAGGAGCGCGAGGCGGCGCGGAGGCGGCAGCAGCAGUGCGAGCGCAGCGAGGAGCGGCGGCGGGAGCUGGCGGAGCGCCAGGGCCUGCUGCGGCGGGAGAGGGCGGAGCGCGCAGCACGCGACGACCGGCAGCGCAAGCUGCAGCAGGAGCAGAACCUGAAGCAGCGCGAGGAGGGCCUGCAGGAAGGGCGGGAGCGCGCCGAGCUGGCCCGCCGGGAGCGCGCCCAACGGGCGGCGCGGGCCAAGCAGCGCCAGGAGGGGCAGCUGCGGCGGGAGAAGCGGGAGCUGAGCCGGGCCGAGCGGGCGCGCCACGAGGCGCUGCUUCGAGGCCGGGUCCGGCAGCAGCACGAGGAGCGGGAGGGCCUGCGGAGCUCCCUGGAGGCCAGCUUGGGCCGCGCGCAGGAGAACUACGAGCAGCUGCAGGAGCAGCGCGCCCGGGAGCUUCGGGAGCGAGCCCGGAAGGAGGAGCUGCAGGGUCGGCGGGCUAAGGAGGCAGCCGAGCGCAAAGAGCGCGAGCAUCAGGCGCACUUGGAGGCUCUGGCGCGGGCAGGCGAGCGACGGCUGCAGCACGCGGCGCAGGUGGCCGAAGAGGCGGUGCAGCAGAAAGCCCGGCGCGUGGUUCAGACUCGCCUGGAGAAGGAGAGGACCCAGCGAGCCAACAAGGAGAAGGUGGAGCGCGACGAAGACUGCCGCCGCCGGGAGCUGCUGCAGGCCAUCGGGCGCAAGCUGGAGCGCAGCGAGCAGCUGUCUCGGGAGAGGCGAAGCGCGCUGGAGAGCGCUCGCUCCACAGCCCGGGCCUCCUUCCACGUGCGGGAGAAGGUGCGGGAGGAGACCAACACGCGCUCAUUUGACCGCAUGGUGCGAGAGGCCCAGCUACAUGCCAGCCUGGACCGUAAAUGACAGCUGCCCUGUGCGCGGGCCAUCCUGCUUUAUAGAGCCAGGCGGGGCCUCCCUUAGCCUCUUGGACCAAACUCUAGGCAUCUCCAGUCCGGGGGCCAUACCAUGAACUCCCCAGACUAAUGAACCAUGAGACAAUGAGAAGCCAGACGUGGUACUUUUCCGUCUGCCACCGUCGCUUUACAGACUUACAUCGUUUGGAAAUGACAUGGCACAAUUUACCCACAUCCACCUGUGUCUUUGGGUUGGAACAGAAAAUAGCUGGGGAGGGGGAGGGUCCCCCUAGGAGAGAGCACAGAGGUGAAUGUUGGGUUUUCUGCCACAGGUGUCGGUGUCUUGGCCAUCUUUCUGACAUUUGUGUCUAAGAUGAUUUUCACUUGGAGCAGCCGAGGAGAUAAUAGCCCAGACUCACCUCUCUCUUCCAAAAUACAAGUUGCACAGAACUUAAAGUCUCCCAAGAAAGCACAGCUCUUCGAAGAUGUUAGUUCAUGCACAAAUGAUCACAAAAGCUAUGGUUUUGAGCACUGGACUGUUAAUCGGACACCUGAACAAAUUCUCCUGUUCCCAUAAUCUUUUUCAGUUGAGUCCCUAGGCUUUCUAGUUAGACAAUCAUCUGCAGAUAAUAAUCAUCUAUUCUCCCACGCGGCAUGGGAAAUGGGUCAGAUUGGUGAUGCUGUUUAGCUUUCAUGGAAGCCCUCCAUCCCUUCACCUCCCCGGAGGUGGUGGUUUCCUUAGGCAGCAGUGUUCCACCCCGUGAGGCUUCCGUGGAUGGUGAUGUAGUUCAGUGGAGGCAGUGUCUGAUGGCCGCGUCCCUGUGUGGGGCCAGCUCCUGCAGACAGAAGCUAUUGCCUUACGAAGCAGAGCUACCUUCUGUGCCUGCCCAGGCCAUUCUUGCCUAAAGCUCCAGCCUUGAAUGAAGUCUCAAGGGUGAAACCCUGAGGGAUCUGGAGUGCGUAGGAUUCCCUCUGUGAAACAGUUCAGUGCCCGGAGGACAAUUUAGCAUCCUUGGCUGCGUGGCUGUGGCGGCUGAAGGGCUAGAAUUGCCUCUGCGUUGCGUUGUGCUGGCGUUGGUAGGGUAUCACUCUUCCCUAGGAAAGUAAGAGUCUUCCCUCUUUAAAUUCCUGGUACCCUCUCAUUUAUACCUGAAGUAUUUAAUCAGUCUCUUGGUGCCUCACCUUUCCCAUCUGCCAGAUGGGGCCAUCAGAACUCUUCUGGUACCUCAAGGUCUCCUGGAUCCAAAGCACCACUACAGUGUUGUCCGUUGGUCUCCGUUGUGCCUUUCUUGACCUGGAGUUGGGAGGCAGGAGGACUGCUUUGAGCCUAGUUUGUUUCUGGUAAUAUGGGUUCCUGGCAUUAGACAGGGUAGUUCAUCACAGAGAGAUGGUCAUCUAGUGUGUGAGGUGUGUGUGUGUGUGUAUGUGUGUGUG